AUGAACAUUUCUUCUUUUAUUUUAUUGUUUUCUUCACUUCUUCUUUAUGAAAUCAAUGCAAAAAGUGGUGGUGGAGGGGGACGAGGUGGUGGAGGGAGGGGGAGCAGCGGAGCGAGAAGUUCGAGCAGAUCUUUUUCGAAAUCUGGAUCUUCUGGAGGUGGAAAGUUUCAUUCAAGCUCAAGUCAAACUACAUACCAAAAUUUCGACUCAUCUGCGUUCCGUUCGAAUGUGUUCACGCCAUCGAGAUCGAGUACAUAUUUCACGACUGGAGGGACCACUGGGAACACUUAUAUUAUUAGUCAGCCGGCGACUCCCAUAAUAUACGACAACCAUCACUACUACUGGCACGGUUAUUAUCGAAGCCGUCCGGAGAAAGAAACCUAUUGUGAAUACGCUAUAGGAGAUGAAGAUGGAGAACUUAGAAAUGUCACUUUUGCGAAUGGAACAUCUCCGAAAUUUCUUACUUUUGGAUGUGGACAUUAUGAGAGAUGUUGCGGGAUGACGUGUUGUAGUAUGCUAGGGGAUUUUCUUGGAACAAUAAUAUGGCUUGCGAUGUUUGGCGUGGCCAUUUGGUUGUGCUGCUGUAAGAACUGA